GUCCAACUCGAGCAUUUCCGUCCGGCAGCGGUCCAUUAUUAUCCAGACCGCAGAGGCACCUCAGCAGCUCAACUCGCCUCGUACAACCCACAUCAGGAAGACGCCGGGGGUGGUCGGUGAUGCGUCGAUGAGGCUCGGUACUUGGGACAACUUUACACUGCUCGCGGAGUUCCCCCUGGCGCCAAAAAGCAAGCGUGGCCCGUUCCACGCUCGCACGACACAGCACGGCUGCCACCGGGUCAGCGGGUAACGAGGCCCCGUGACGGGGGUCGUCCAGACCGAAGUGCUCCGCGCCUCUCCGUAUUAUUUGCUCUUCUCGUCAACCUCCCCAUGAUGGACGGCCGGCGGUUUCCUCCCUUUCCAGAUCCCAACAGCCGAACACCAUCGCAUCCGCCGCUCUCACCACUUGCCCUCCCCAAUUUUUGUGCGCACCACACUUGCUGCCCUGCGCAUUCCCAACGAGUCCUGGUAGCAGGAAAGUAAAAGGGAAACAGAGAAGAUUUAGAGGAAGAAAAGAAGAACAAGGCAGGAACCGCACAUCCUUGGGUGAUCUCAGCCAUCAACGACAUGGGACGACAGACUAGAUCGAUCAUUAAGAUUGCUCUUGAUUAUUCCGGAGAGCGACGCUGUCUUUUGUCUACCUUUUCCUUGCCUCUCCUUUCGCUGUACCUACCACGGGACCUUCCAGUAGCAUCGCUUCUUGCAAGCAAACCCACACCCACCCACCAACUCACAACCGUGACUCGCCCCCGGUUUAUUCACCCGUCCGUCUUCUGUCCUCUUAUUCGUCCAUGUGUGGAUGCCGGUGUUAUCAUUAUAUGCAGGUUCUCCGCCUCGAAGCUGUAAAAGAGAAAAACUUCUUUUCUGAAUUGAUGCGCCUCUUCCAGUAACAGCUCCUAGUGGGUUCUCAUUCAUCCUCCGUCCCCACCUACCCGUAGGCGUUUAAAACAACGUCAAGAAGCAAGAAAAACUUUUGGUGCUUCUUUCCACAGGUGCAGCCAGCCAGCUGCCGCCGCUGCCGGUGCAAUUUGGGAGCUGCGAAGCGGGAGAAGGGCCUCUUCGUGCCGUUUCGGAGAUGAGCUACGGGAGCAGCUCGAUCACUUCAGGUGCCAAGACUCCUGCGAGGACGUUCGAGUACGGGAGGACACAUGUGGUCAGACCCAAAGGGAGGCACCUGGCUACUGUUGUGUGGCUUCAUGGCCUAGGUGAUCACGGAGCAAGCUGGUCCCAACUCCUGGAAACCCUCCCUCUCCCAAAUAUUAAGUGGAUUUGCCCAACCGCCCCAACGAGGCCUGUAGCAGUUUUUGGUGGUUUUCCUUCAAAUGCUUGGUUUGAUGUCGGAGAUCUGUCGGAAAGUGGUCCUGAGGACAUUGAAGGAAUGGAUGCAUCAGCUGCACACAUUGCAAAUUUGUUAUCAGCAGAGCCUGCUGAUAUCAAACUUGGUGUUGGUGGCUUUAGUAUGGGUACCGCCACUGCCCUAUACUCUGCAACUUGUUGCGCUUAUGGGAAAUAUGGAAGUGGCAAGCUAUACCCUGUCAAUUUAAGUGCUGUUGUUGGUCUAAGUGGCUGGCUUCCAUGUGCCCGGAGCUUAAAGAACAAGUUGGAAGUCUCUCAAGAUGCCGCGAGACGGGCUUCAUCCUUGCCUAUUUUACUUUGCCACGGAAAAGGAGAUGAUGUAGUGCUGUAUAAACAUGGAGAGAAAUCUUCUCAGGUUCUAAAAUCAGUCGGAUUCGAGAAUGUUACUUUCAAGACAUAUAACGGGCUCGGCCACUAUACAGUCCCAGGAGAGAUGGAGGACGUCUGCAAAUUUCUCGUUACGACGCUGGGACUCGACGGAUCUUAUUCUUAAGUAACGAAUGAUGUUUCGGAUCGAGAAAAGAUUGAAGUGCGUGCUAUAGUCCAUAGAUGAUAACAUCAUGGUUCUCUGUCAUAGAUACGGUAAAGCUGGAUUGGGAAGGAAAGCCGGCCCUGGUUCUUCUGCUUAAUGUGCCUUGUACAGAGAAUGUUGUGCUAUCAACUCUCGAGUAUUUUAUUCACAGGUUGUGUUUGCUUGCUAUGUGUACCAUGUUUUGGCUUGUGCUUCACCAACACGGUGGUGUCGGGAUGCAUUUGUUUUACCCGGAUUUAUGUUAUAUAUGCACUGAAUUUGGCAUC